GCAAAUACUAGUUAUGAAAUUUGUGAAAUAUAAUUGCACAGAAUUCAGUAACCAUUUUUUUUAUUGUACGAAUGAUUCCUAGGGACAGGUUUGUCUUCCUGUAACCCCCCCUGUAUAGUCAUCUUACCAGACAUUUGUGCAUAACUUCUACUAAAAAGAGGAUGGAGUAGUGUUUUGAAAGUAUCAAAAGUGGUUAGGCGUAAUCUCAGAUAUUUCACUCUCUCUUUUGUCUAUUAAACAAUCCCACAUCCUUAUUGCUAGUGUACCGUACACCCUACUGUUGUAAUGAAGAUAUAGCCAUGAAAUAAUAAAUUUGACAGUAUCCACUGGCAUUGGGUGUGAUCUGAAUUUUUCAAUUGCCAAUUUAUUAUUCUAGACUGUGACGCCCCGGAUUUACUUCAUAUUUACCAAAGCAUUAGGGCAUAUAUUUGUAGCAUAAUCUAAAGUGUGCAUCAGCUAUUUUGUUUAUAACAGGAAAAUGUUCCAAACUGUGUGAUUGAUCCGUUUUGUUAUGCUUUUCCUGACAAAUAUCACAGAACAAUCAAUUGUGUGAACUAGAUAGUUUCCUUUCGUUAUAAAUGCAUUUUGUAGUAUUCAGAAAUGAUUUCACGGGAAGACGUUUAUUAUUAUAGAAGUUUACUAUAUUUUGUGCUUCAAUCCCCCAUGCUGCUUAUACGUGAUAAUUAGGCAGGCUCACACCUUGUUAUUGAUGUAUAUUCUGCCUUCAUAGUGUUGUUAAGCGAUGAGAAUAUAAGAAGAAUGUUCUUCCAAUAAUCAAGUAUUUUGCAGGGUUUGAAAUAUUUACAUCAAACUUUUUGCAUUUACUUUUAGUGUCAAUUUUUUAACGGGUAAAUUUUGUUUUGAAAUUUGCAAAAGUAGUGAUUAAAAAAAUGUGGUGAGAAGCCUCAUCUAAAUAUAGUCCUCAAUCAUUAUUAUUGUUCUAGGCAUGGAACAGUAUUGAAAGAAAAUUAUUUUAACUUCGAGGCAAUAUGGCUCAACAUGAAAAUAAUCAACCAUAUACUGCAUCUUGAAAUAGGAAGGCUAAAAAACUAUAAAUUGAAAAGAUUGAGUGAAAUGCAAUUACCACUAAAAGUAUGUUGAUCUUAAAUUAUACAUGAAUCAUGGUGUUAUCAAAUAAUUUAUUUUUUAAUUGCAUAUUUAAUCUUUUAAAAGUACUUUGUUUAAAAUGGAGUUCACUUAUAGUAUUCGAAAAGCAACAAAGAAUGACGCUAAAGAUGUUGUAUCCAUGAUUAAAGAACUCGCUAAACAUGAGAAAGUGCUCGACAAAUUCAAACUCACUCCAGAAAAGUUUCGGAAAGAUGGUUUUGAGGAAGAUCCAGCAUUUCAUUGCAUUAUUGCCGAAGCAUGGCAUGUUUCGAGUGGGGCAGUACAAGUUGUUGGAUACGCUCUUUAUUACUAUGUAUACUCCACCUAUGCAGGCAGAAAUGUAUACCUGGAAGAUGUAUACGUAAAAGAACCUUACAGAAAACAUGGUAUUGGCGGUGAAUUGAUGAAAACGGUGGCGAAAAUUGCUAUAGAAAAAGAAUGUUCACAGUAUCGUUUUGCUUGUCUUGGAUGGAAUCGCAAUGCCUUGAAUUUCUACAAAAGCAUGGGUGCAAGGGACCUCACAGAUACAGAAGACUAUCAUAUGCUUAAAUUUGAAAAGAAAGAAUUGCAUGAAUUUGCGAGUAAGUAAAUAAGGAUAUUCAAGAUGGCAAAAUAGAAAUCUAUAGAAAGAUUUGAUGAUUGUAGUGAUGCUGGUAAUAUUUAAAGCAUUACCUUACUAGUUGAAAGUGCAUUGUAAAACUCCCUUUGUGUUGUUUAAGUUCUAUGAUCAACAUGCUUCAUUCAAUUAAUCCGUUUCACAUCUUGCCGAUAUAGUAUAGAUACACCCCAGUGCAAUUAAUAGUAUUUAGGAAUUAUAAUAUGUGUAUCAAAAGUUCGUGAUUUAGCAGUUUUCGUUUCAAUUUUUUGUGUAGCACUUCUUUAAAUAUACAGCACAGAUAGAUACCUCUCAGUGCAUUUUAUGGUAUUUAUGAAUUUUGUUCUUUCUUACUUUUGUGUCAAAGGUUUUUGAUUUUGAAUUUAAACCUCAACAUGUUUUCACUUUUUGUGUAUCAUUUCUUUGAAUAUGCAGCACAGAUACCUCACAUUUCAUUUUUGAGUAUUUAUGAAUUAUAAUCUGUUUUGAAUUUUGUUCUUUCUUACUUUUGUGUCAAAAGUUUUUGAUUUUGAAUUUAAACCUCAACAUGUUUUAACUUUUUGUGUAUCAUUUCUUUGAAUAUGCAGCACAGAUACCUCACAUUUCAUUUUAGAGUAUUUAGGAAUUAUAAUCUGUUUUAUAUUUGUGUCAAAAGUUUUUGAUUUGUG